AUGUUUGAAAUAAGCCACAACUUCGAGCAGGGGAGAGCGUCUGAUUACUGGCAUAUGUCGCGGCAUAUAAGUUGCGGACAUCCAGAGGAAUGUCCGACACAGAAGCGGAAUUCGGGGCCGCUGCGCAUAAAUAGGCCCGUCCGUCCCGGGACGCUCAUUUGCGUGCGAGAAGCGCUCGGAAGAGUUAAAGCCCUCGCGCUUGAUGAAUGGCGGUGCCACGCGCGCCGCGGCUUUAUAUUCAAAUCGGCCAUUGAAACGCGGCCGUCGUCUAUGCCGUUGACAAUCCGUUUGCCCGCGAAAAAAAAACACGGCCGCCCGUCAUUCGGCCUGCGCUCUUUUGGGGCCGAUACGCAUCUGGCUCCCGCGGAACGAUCCCGGAGACGCGUUGCUCUUAUUUCGCGCCGCGAUUGUGCCCGGGAGAUCUGCGUCGAGAUAUUUGACGCGGGCGAC